AUGUAUAGGCCAACAACGAGAAACGAGUGGUGGCUCUGUGGUGUGUUACUCACACAGGCUGUUGUCACAAUUGCUCUUGAAAUCUAUAUCCUCGUUUCAUGGCAAGCAUGGGUUACUCCUACGAUCGUCCAAGUGACAGUGUCUAUGGUCCUUCCGAUCAAUCUUGGUAUUUUAAUUUUUGCCUGCCUCUAUGAAUUUUUUCUUGUGUUGGAUGCGAUUCACCACAAGAAUAACAUUCUCCUCUUUGCCAUUUGUAUUUCCAAUACCUGCACUUUUGUCUACUCCGUCAUGCAGUACCAGGUGAUGGAGGAGAACACGAUGAGGCUAUACAAGGACCGCUAUGGGUAUCCGACCUUGGUUGAUACUACCCGCAAUUUGUGGCCUCUGAUCAAGCCAGCGGAGAUCAUUGUGGCCAUUGCCACGGGACUAGGAUCUCUGCUACUUUGGCCGAUUGUAUACUUCUUGCAUAAAGAGUAUUCCUGGGCUAUUUACAAAGUGGUUCAUGGUAGUCCGAAAACGCGAAUGCGUUAUCUUGUAUUCGAGAUAUUCCUCGUCCUGAUAAAGUUGAAUUUCUACUUUCUGAUUGGAUUCAUCAUUCAGUAUGUCUUGAUAUAUGUACAUGUCUAUGGACUGGAAUACACUUUGACCAUGCUCCUUCUUCCAACUGCAUUUUUCAGCAUGCUUCUUGGUAUUUACUUUGUUCAAAAAGAGCAAAAGUUGGGCCUGAUUGCUAUCAUAGUGUGUUACUUGGGCGUGAUAGCAUAUCUGAUCAGCCGCAUCGUCGUGCUCGUUAGCGCCAACACCGUUGGAAAGGACAUGAUGUUCCUUUUCGCCUUUGCUUCUCUGAUUCUUACUACAGCAACCGUGAUUUGUGCCAUCAUAUGCAUGAUAAAUUUCGAUCGGGGCUUCAAGAGCAUCAACAAAUCGAAGAACGAUGCUGCACGUGAAUGGUAUUAUAUGCAGCCUACUGAUCAUGUUCCGGAUCAUACCCGUUACUCUUCUCGUCCUCCUUCACGUCUUACACUUGAUUAA